AUGCGCUCUUUUACUAUUUUCACAAUCCUCCUUACGGCUGUUUUGAGCACCUUCACCAACGCUGCUCCAAUCACCCUCCCCGACGCUGACAUAGCCUCUGACAAGUCUGAUCUUAACAAGCUUGGUCUCCCUGCCGUCGGUCGGGAGAUCAAAAUCAGUUCUUCGGGCGAGACCGAUGUUGAACUUCCUACCCCCUCGGUCGCUGUCGUCUUCACUACUGUCUUUACCCAGAUCCAGCCCUUGACUGACCAGCUUAAUUAUCUCACUCCGGACAAUGCUACCGUUGCUGCUAUCUCGCCUGUCGUCGCUCAAAUCAAGACUCAGCUUACCGGUGCUGUUUCUCAACUCCAGGCACUUGUUGGCCAGGAUUCCUCAGUCAUCAUUGCGUCCGUUGAUGGCACCGUCCCGUUGACCGUCGCCGCACUUGCAACGCUCAUUGCUGAUGUCCUCACUCUUCUCUUCACUGCUCUGGGUGCCGUGCUCAGUAUGGUCACCGGUGACGUCCACACAGAGAUCCUCACCCUGCUCACUGACCUCUGCGGCGUCGUCACCUCUAUCCUCCAUAUCGUUGCCACCCUCGUCCCUGGCAUUGUUGUCUCCCUUCUUCCUCUCCUUUCCCCUGUCCUCUCUAUCAUCUCUUCUUUAGGUCUCAGGGGCCUCUUGUCCCUCCUCGGCCUCACCCUCUGA